AUGCGGAGCACUGGCGGCGCGACAUUCGGCCGUCCACUGCGGAACCCGACGCUUCGCGUUUCCCGACGCGAGGCGUCGGCCUACCGUCCCGCUACCUGCGCCCGAUGGUGGGGGCAGCGCGCCUUCCGCGUAACCUUAUCAGCGGUCCCACCACCCUCGUGCCGGCGCAGUUGCCAAACGCACCCGCUCCCAGUCGCACGCGCUGACGGUACUCCAUUCCGCGCACCCCCGACUUCGCUGCCGCCAGUACAGUUACGCGCAGUCACGUACCCAAUCGAGUUCGAGUUCGGUUCGAGUGAAAGUGCCGCAGCGGGGCCCUACUCGGUGGCUUCCACGCCCUGCACGUCGCGCAAGCACCAUAGACCAGACAAAAUGUUCGCCGUGAUGCAAAUCGACGAGGAUCAUACACGGGACUUUAGGCGUAAACUGCGCCCCAAGUGUGAGUUCGUCUGCAAGUACUGCCAGCGCAGAUUCACCAAGUCCUACAACUUGAUGAUACACGAGCGCACCCACAAGAGCCCGGAGCUGACCUUCAGCUGCGAGGUCUGUGGGAAAAGUUUCAAACGGCAGGAUAACUUGCGUCAACAUAGCAAUAGUCAGCAGACAGUCUACCGGCCUGCAGUCAGGAGUGGCCCCGUCAGCGGCGCGCCGAGACGUGUUCCGUGUGAAUCGGCCCGGGCUACCGCGAGAUCGGCGAUAGACCGCUCACGCCGCAAGAGUCGUGAGCUCGUGACGUGCCCUCGUGUUAACGGUGCU